AUGAUGCCCAAAAUCGACAAAAGUGGGAGAUUUUGCAGUCCCAGAGCCGCCCGAGAACUCGCUCUGAUGAUUCUAUAUGCUGCGUGUUUAGAAGGGUCCGACCCAGUUCGCCUUUUUGAGAAAAGAUUGAAUUCCAGAAGAGGACCACCUGUGACAACAGAGACAACUGAAGAAGCAAAUGAGCUUCUCAGCAAUCACGAAAAGGAAACUGAAAUUGAGGCAGAAGUUCUUUCCGCACCUCCAAAGUUGGUGUACAGCAAAUUAAUUUUGCACUUCACUCGAAAACUUCUGGUAGCAGUUGUAGAGAAAUGGGAUUCUAAUGUGCUCGUUAUCAAUAAAGUUGCACCCCCAAAUUGGAAGGAUGAACCAGUUGGUAGGAUUCUGGAGAUUUCAAUUCUUCACUUAGCUAUGUCUGAAAUAGCUGUGCUAGGGACGCGGCACCAGAUAGUCAUAAACGAGGUUUCUGCUUUCUUUGAUCUUUUUGAAAUUUUACUGAUGCAUUCAGACAACUCUUUUACACAAACUCAAGUCUUAUGCUCACCACUGUGCGAACCAGCUAAUCAGGCUGUUGACCUUGCAAAGCGGUUCUGUGAUGGGCAGCGCCACGUGUAA